UUGUUCUUCAUCGUCGGUAAGAUAGAUGGCAACUUUUUUGUCAUUAUCGGCAUGAGUGUACUCUGCAAUGGAUCUGUUAUCUUUGGACUGCAAUUGUUUGUUUUCGUUGAUUGAUUAUUAUUAAGACAAAACAAAAACCACUUUUUUUUUUAGUUCAUCAAUUGGUUUUCAGUUAUGUGGAGUCGUGUAAGUGUACAAUUUUAAAACAGCGUUAAGUAUUUAGAUAAAUGAAAACUUAAAAAUCAUAACCCUUGGAAGAGCAAAAAGAAAUGAAUAUCUUACCAAAAAAAAGGUGGCAUGUGCGUACCAAGGAAAACAUAGCAAGAGUUCGCAAGGAUGAAGCCAAGGCUGCCGAAGAAGCCAGAAUUGAGCAGGCUCGGAUUGACAAAGCUGAAAGUGAAGCAAGAAUAAAUUUUCUGAGGAAUGAAUCCAGAAAGAAAAAUCAGAGCGUUCUCCCAGAUGAUGCUGAACCAAAACAAGUUCAGAGUAGGUCUAAAUCUUCCUCUAAGCAUGUAAAUUUUUUUGAAGAGUUGGAACAAGGUAAUAUAGACUAUAAGAAGACGAACAAGGAUUAUGAGAAGGACAAAAAAGAAGAGCAAGAAAAGUAUGAAAAGCAGAUUGGUUAUCUGACUUACCUUGGCCAAGGUAUCAAAGAAGCUGUUAGCAAAAGUUGGUAUAAUGAAUUACCAAAAAGAGUCAGUGAUCCAGAAAAAAAUGUCGAAAUCAAGCCUAACAGAAAAGCUGUGGAAGAUCCUAUUCACGAUAUAAAGAGAUACUUAAAUAUAAUGAAUGCUCAAAAAAUGGAGGAUAAGAAAAACAAAAAGAUACUAGCUUCUAGAGUCAAAAUUGAACCAAAUUCGGUCAAACUUGAACCAAAUUUGGUCAAACUUGAACCUAAUAUGAUCAAAGUUGAAAGUGACGUAAAAAAGAUUAAAAAACACAAGUCGUUGGUGAGCGACAGUUCGAGCGAAGAUGACCACAAGUCCAAAAAAAAGCGUAAAAAGCACAAGUCAUCAAGUGGCAGCUCGAGUGAUGAUGGUGGAAAAUCUCAUAAGAAGCAUAAGAAACACAAAAAACACAAGAAGCAUAAGAAACACAAGAAAAGUAAAGAUAAGGAUAAGCAAGUAGUAAAGCCCUUUGACGUAAAUAUCAAAAAGUUGAGAGCAGAAAGAUUGGAAAGAGAAAAGGUGGAAAGAUUGAGAGCUCAAGCAUUGUUAGCAGAAGUAAGAAGUCAAGGUACAACAACCCUACCAGUCGAAUCUGCAAAGCCAUUGAUGAAACAAAAGUACAAUUCACAAUUUUUCCCGGAAUUGGCGCGACAAAACUGUUAAAAAUUUAUCUGGGUACUUUAACUAUUUGUAUA